UGCUCAUCUUUCUUCUUCCCAGGCUCAUCAUGCAAAACCACUGAGAUGUGCGUAUUCUCAGUUCCUGGCACAGAGUAAACACUCCUGAGGACCUGCUCCAUGGGCUUCGGAAGCAGAGAGAACUUGCUUUUGAAUCUCAGAAAGGCUCCGGGAAGCAGGGUCAAGGCCAGGGAGACGAUGGUCUCAGUGACUAUGGGAUCCAGAAGAGCAUGCUGCUAGAUCUCAAUAAAGAAAUCAUGAAUGAGCUAGGCGUGACGGUAGUGGGUGACAUCAUUGCCAUCCUCAAACAUGCCAAGGUGGUGCACCGCCAGGACAUGUGCAAAGCAGCCACCGAGUCAGUGCCCUGCAGCCCCAGUCCCGUCCAGAGUGAGCCUCGCCGCGGCGCCUCUAGUGCUGCUUCUCGAAUGAUCACCAACAGCCUGAACCAUGACUCUCCACCCCACACUCCCCCAAGGCGGUCAGACACCAGCACCUCCAAGAUCUCCGUCACUGUGUCCAACAAGAUGGCAGCGAAGAGUGCCAAGGCUGCCGCGCUGGCCCGCAGGGAGGAGGAGAGCCUGGCUGUUCCUACCAAGCGGCGACGGGUCACAGCCGAGAUGGAGGGAAAGUACGUCAUUCACAUGCCCAAGGGGACUACGCCCCGAACCCGCAGGAUCCUGGAGCAGCAGGCAGCGAAAGGUCUCCAUAGAACAUCUGUGUUCGAUCGCCUUGGUGCUGAGACCAAAGCAGACACAACGACAGGGACUAAGCCUACUGGAGUUUUCAGCCGCUUAGGGGCCACCCCAGAGAUGGAUGAGGAUAUGGCCUGGGACAGUGAUAAUGACAGCAGCAGCUCUGUCCUGCCGUAUGCUGGAGUCCUGAAGAAGCUAGGAAGGGGCCCCACCAAGGCCAGUCCCCAGCCAGCACUGACUGUCAAAGCCAAGGCCACAAGCUCUGCAACCAUAACAGCUCCAAGACUGCGGCGCCAGGCACCUCCCUCUCGCCCGGGGCCAGAGAAGAAGCCAGAGUCCCUGCCCAAAGUCAGUGUCCUUCAGAGACUGGGCAAGGCUGCUGUUGUGUCUGAGGCCCAGGACAGCCAGGUCACAAGCACCAAGAGUAAGUCCUCAGCUGAGGUCAAAGUGGCCAUUAAGAGGACUCUGGUAGGGCCCCGGGGGAGCAGCUCCAUCGAGAGCCUUGGUGCCCAAAUGGACCAUGCAGGCACUGUGAGUGUGUUCAAAAGACUGGGCCGAAGGACCUUCUAGCCGCACAGCGGGUGGGGUGCAGCUUGCCAGGCAGGCAGGUUCCUGCUUCCGCCCGUCCCUUCUAGUCUUUCUUGAGGGCUCAGCUGUCCUCCCUCCCAGCUCUAGGUGACACAGGGCUUGGUUCUCUCCAGCAUUCCUGCUGCUUCCAAGCACUCAGACCCCUGGUCUUCCAUGUUCCUGCGGCCUGACCUUGCCUGCUCUGGGACUCUCCCCGUCCUCUGUCCUCUGUCCUCUGAGAACUAAUGGUGGCCUUGGCAGAUUCCCCUUUUCUACCUCUCCCCAAAGCCAAGUGCCCCGCCUGCCCCACAAAGCUGUCACCUGGAGGCAUCCCCUCCGCUCCCCACCCCCACCCCCGCUGUGGUGUCUCUCCUUCUCUUCACUCUUCUCAUUUCUCUUCUGUUUUCUGUCCCUGUGGCAAGGCCCGACCGUCCGCUGCAUCCUGCCUGACCCUCCUGCACCUAUGACCUCCCCGAGACCCCCUCGUCGACGGUGGCGUCAAACCUGUAAAGACUGUUAGCCGCCUUCCAUUCCCAGGCUGGAGGGACUCCCUCCCCCAGAUCCUGGCCUGCAGCUGGGGCACCUCCGGCUCCCUGCCCUGGCCGUCUUUUUCCUUGGUGGGUGGGGCAGCAGACACUGGGGAGGGAGAGGAGGGGAGCUGGGAGAAGGUAACAGCUGUUUUAAUAUAUUUUUGUGACUUCCAAACUGUCCUUUCCCCUCCUUCAGCGGGAGUCACAGGUCUGUUCCUUAUAUCAGCACGGUGAGGAGGGUGGGCACUAGAGAAGGAGGGAGUAACGGUGGCAGUCCACUUGGUGAAGCCAUCCCCUGGCUCUGAACUGCAGGGUCUGGCACUGUGGCUUUUCCUGUGGAUUUCACCUGGUACUGCGCUGCCUAUGGAGAACUUGGUUUGGUUUUGAGAUAAGAUCUCAUUACAUAGCCCUGGCUUACCUGGAGCUUGAUAUGUAGACCAGGCUGGCCUCAAACUCUCAAGAGACCCACCUGUCUCUGCCUCCCAAGUGCUGGGAUUAAAGGCUUUUGCCACUGUACCCAGCUGGAUUUCUUUUCUUUUCCUUCCUUUCUUUUUUUUCUUUGAAACCCAAGAUGGCCCAAACUUGAUACAUACUCCAGGAAGACUUGGAAUGUCUCACUUAAAAAAAUUAUUUUGUGUGUAUGAAUAUUUUGCCUCCACGUAUGUAUCAGUCACAUGAGUGCCUAAUAUCCAUGGAAACUGGAAGAAGAUUUGGAUACCCUGAGUUAAGUAUAGUUGUGAGCCCCCGUGUGGGCUCUGAGAAACAAACUUAAGUUGAACACUGUCA